AUGCAUAACGACAAAUCCGACGAGAUCGCAGCAGCAGGACUCAACACAGUUCGAGUACCCGUGGGUUUCUGGAUCUUGGGAUACGACAACCACGAUCCAGCAAACCUACGCGAGUGGGAAGUCUACACUAAAGGAACGAUCGUGUACUUGGACCAGCUCAUUCAACGCUGGGCCAAGAAACACAACGUAGCGGUGCUGGUAAGCUUGCAUGCUGCCAAAGGCUCGCAAAAUGGCGCUGAUCAUUCAUCACCUACAAGUCCGGGACACACGUUCUGGAGCCAAUACUCUGAAAACGUCGCCAACACCAUCGAGGUGGCAAGGUUUCUUGCCAAACGAUACCUUAACGAAGAGGCGUUCCUCGGGAUCGGUCUCUUAAACGAGCCCAACGGCAGCACGGACGAAAAGGUGCUAUACCAGUUCUACAAGGAUGCGUAUCGUGCCGUGCGCGCGAUCGGAAGUGAUUGCGUGCUGAGUAUUAUGCCCAUGCUACAGAAACAGAACCCUGACGAGAUGGUCGACUUCAUGACAAUGCCAGAGUUUUUGAACAUCUGGGUCGAAUGGCACCCCUACUUUGUGUGGGGGUGGAACGCAACAAAGAAGAACAACCGGUUGUUCAUUGGCGAGUGGAGCUUGGCCACGCCUUCCAACAUGCGCUGCAACAACCCCGACUUCUUCUACAAGUUCGCGUCUGAGCAGUUGAAGGUACACGACCAAGCGGAAGCAGGUUGGACAUUCUGGUCGUGGAAGGUAACAGGGGACGGUAAUAGCGACGUUGGGGCCUGGUCCUUGCAAGAACUCCUCAAGGACGACCAAAUUGCCAAAAUGUUCCGCAACAGUUCGUAA